GGAUCAGUCAGAGAUGGCGUCUCUUCUGCAGCCUGACAGGGUCCUUUACCUAGUUCACGGAGAGAAAAAGAUCCGUUCUCCGUUGUCUACGCUUUAUUUUUGCCGGUAUUGCAGUGAAUUACGUUCCUUAGAAUGUGUGUCUCACGAGGUAAGCGACCCAAAUGUCAACACUACUGUGGCUAGCUAUUGCUAUCGUAGAGAUAUCUAGCUAGCUCCGCAGCGUUAGCGGUUUGGGAGAGUUUGGUCAACCUAGUCCAGCCCCCCCCCCCCGUACAAUAUUUUAUUUAUUUAUUAUUUGUCAUACCGCACGCCAAUCAAUAUUUAUUCAACAACUCUGUCGUCUGAUUGGCCGUAGCCGUCUUUACUUCCGUCCUACUUUCAUAAUUGAGUACGUUUUAUCUAGCUACUUUCAUAAUUGUGUACGUUUUAUCUAGCGACCUAAGUUAACUGUUAGCAAUCAAGCGAGACAGCUUGCCAAACAACAUAAUCAUACAGUGUUUAUUUGGUCGGUGUUCACUAUGAGUUUCUUUUACUCCUAUUAACAGUGACACAAAUUCCCACUGGAAAUACAACUAAAACCCAACAACCGUUUGAAAAACGUUUUUAAUUGUUAGUUUCACAGCCUCCUAGUUAACUAGUCUGCUGUUAGCUGGCUAACGUACGCUAUUCAUCACCACACCCAGACAGAGCGACCACAGUGCGGUCUCAGAUCUAACAAACAGCUUUUUGAGUUUUUUUAUUUUAUUCUUGUGAAACAUCUUAUUUAGGUAUCUAGCUUUUUGUAGCUAUUUAGUUAUAAUCUAUUUUCACACAUGCCACGUCAGACAGCUUCGAUUCUGAACUUACACAGCCACACAACGGACAGUGACCCUCGCCCACAGAAACUCACACUUUUAUUACUGAAGCUGAACCGGUAUCUGUGAGGUCUCUAACGCACAGAUACCGGUUCAUGCUGAAUCAUAAUGACUAUUUGUGCAGUUAUAACUACUAGCUAGCUACGAGGGAUAGCUAUGCACAUUCAUGUAUUCCCACUAACAUAGAUUGUUGAAUGCCGCCUCUGUUUGGUUUCCAGGUGGACUCGCAUUACUGUCCAAGCUGCCUGGAGAAUAUGCCUUCAGCAGAGGCAAAGCUGAAGAAGAACAGGUGAGAAACAUUUUCAACUGAGAAUCAGCAUAGACCUGUUAUAUACGGUCUAUGGCAUAGACCUAUACCUUACUGUGUAGCCAUUGACAAUGUUCACUGCAUGACUUCUCACUGCAUCCAGCCUACAUUUCCCAGCUAUCUGUUUUGUUCUAGGAAGAGGAUAUUCAACCAGCUGAAAGAAAACUUCAGGUUAGGCAUAGAGAUUAAGUUUAGGGUUAAGGUUAGGUUUGAAGUUGCCAGGGAUUAAUAUCCUGAUAUGUAACUAUAGAUUUUUCCCCCAUCACUAUUCUAUAUGUAAUUCUAUGGUGUCUACGGUUAUAUUAAGGUUAGGUGUAGCCUAGUUUACGUGAGGUCAGGGUUAAGGAAAGCCAUAAAAGCUAGCAUUGGGUCAGAGUACUGCGAUUUAUUUCUUCCGGUUGAAUACAAACUACCUUUGUUCUAACUAGCUAUACCUCCUUCCUCUGCGUGCCCCAGGUGUGCCAACUGCUUCGACUGCCCAUGCUGCAUGCACACUCUGUCCACCCGGGCAACCAACAUCCCAGCCCCUCUUCCUGACGACCCCAGCAAGACGACCAUGAAGAAGGCCUACUACCUGGCCUGUGGCUUCUGUCGCUGGACAUCCAGAGACGUGGGCAUGGCUGACAAGUCUGUGGGUGAGUGCCAGGCCUACCUCACUGUUGAUGAUGAGGGGGGCCGAUAUUGGACUGUUGACUAUUUACUUUUUAUAUUGGGCCAAUGUUAGGCGUGGGGGCCAACUAUUCCGUGGCUGGGUGAGUGUGAGAAGUGGCUUCAACCAAAUCAAAUAGCAAACCUUGCUAGUGAUCAUAGUUACUAAGCUACUGAAGGAAGUGCCCCCCUGCACGGGUGACGAGGGGGAGAUAUUGAACUGACAAUUGAUAAUAGGCCAUGUUAGAAUGGUUCAAAUGCAGAACGAAUUCAUAUCUUGUAUGUAUGGAGCUUUGCUUGGAAUUGUUACUCUGAAUAGAGAUCUGUCCCAUAUCAUGUAGACGUGUGCACUAGUAGCCUACCUGUCUGUUGUGUGAUUUGACUUGUUGGGUGUUUUCUGGACGACUGUUGAAGUUCUUUCUUUUUGGGUCUUCACUUCAGCCAGUGGAGGAUGGCAGGAGCCUGAGAACCCUCAUACUCAACGGGUAUGUUGCCUUCCUUUUGGUUUGAUCUUCAAUUCAGCUAGACAAACCCCAGGCUGUAGAAUGCUGUGACGCUGGAAGUUGCAUAGAGUCUAUUGUAAUUGAUGCUGUAUCACAAAAAAAAAAAAAAAGCACGGCGUGAUCAACCACAAACAGCACACUCCUGAUACAGGCUCCAGGCCUACAUGUUGGCUUUGACCUGGCUUUCUACUAUUUGGGUUCCUGCUGUUAACUUACAUGGUAUGCUGAUGAUAAAUCCUCUAUACAUGGUUCUCUGGCCUACAAUUUCCCCUUUCUGUAAGAAUAAUAGCACUGCAUGGGGCUAUCCUAUGACAUUCAGACUCAUGGUAUGUGCAUUCUUCCUCCAGAUACUCAUGGUAUUGUUGGGUAUUUUCUUCCAGAUCAAUAAACUGAUAGAGUAUUACCAGCAGCUGGCCCAGCGAGAGAAACUGGACAGGGACAGGAAGAAGCUGGCCAGGAGACGACCCUACAUGCCGCUGGCCUUCUCGGUAUACACACACACACACACACACACACACACACACACACUCCGGCAGAUAACAUGCUAAGCCUUUGCACUUAUCUCUGGAACACGUUAACCUGCCUCAAUAACCACAGGCCAGCUCCCACCUUUUAUAAUGAGAAACAUCAUGCUUUUCAUCUUUUCUUUGUUGUGAUGUUUACUGCUGUGUUAUUAACCUGCUGGUGGUGGGAUCUGAAAUUUUAACAAGGGAACUAUUUCUGAAUAGCGUACAUUUUGUACUGUAAUAUGUUGUUCUAGUAUGGUGACAUUGAUUUGAAAUGCAUGUGUAGUUCGUGUGUACGGACAGAAGCACUGGUUUAGAUUAGAACCUGUGUCAUACUGAAACAUUGAUUUCAGACCCUGUGAUUGGUGAAGAGUCACUAUAAGUUAGCUGCUAGCUGUGUGCUAGCUAGCUAUAUACUAGCCACUGCAACUAAAGAGUCUUCAUCUCUACCACUGAUGCUUUUCUGUUGCAUGUCACCAGUUACCUGCCACUAAAUGUUUGCUUCACUGCUUUGGUUUCACUUGACACUGUUUUGUCUUCUUUUCCUGAAAUGUUGCUUUUUAACCCCUCCCUCCCCAGCAACACACUAUUCAUGUGGUGGUGAGUUGUACAACUUUGAUAGUCAAACACUGUUCUCUCUCUCUCUCUCUCUCUCUCUCUCUCUCUCUCUCUCUCUCUCUCUCUCUCUCUCUCUCUCUCUCUCUCUCUCUCUCUCUCUCAUUCUCCGUAUCUCUCUCUCUCUCUAGUUCUCCGUAUCUCUCUCUCUCUCUAGUUCUCCGUAUAUCUCUCUCUCUCUCUAGUUCUCCGUAUAUCUCUCUCUCUCUCUAGUUCUCCGUAUCUCUCUCUCUCUAGUUCUCCGUAUCUAAUCUGUAACUGAGUGACCUCCCUGAUCACAUGAAUGUCUCCUCAGGCGAAAGAUAUUACCAACAGCACAAUAGGAUACUUUAUGUUGACUGGGAGGAGAGAAGCAAUCAGAUGCAUUCUAUUGCAAUGUACAGUUAAUGCUGGUUUAGCCUGUAGUAUAGUAAAGGGUAGCAACUCCCUUCUCCCACUACUAACAUAAAGGUUUCUGUUUGUGUCGUUGUUCAAACCAAAUUCUUUCUCUAGAUUUGGUUUAUGUCUUUGGUUUCGAUCACAAUUUUGUUUUAGGCAUUUAUGCUAGUAACGAUUUCCUAAUUGGAUUUUUGAAAAUGUGUUAUUUGAUAAAUGCUUCCCCAUCCCAGAGUACAGGGAAAAACAUAAACAUGUAUCAGUCAUCAAUAGAAAUGCCAGUGGUGUUCCUCUCCCAUAAGUCUACCACGUGGUGUCUGCCUGUGAGUUAGCUGACGUUGUGUUGCUCUGCCGUAAGUCUACCACGUGGUGUCUGCCUGUGAGUUAGCUGACGUUGUGUUGCUCUGCCGUAUAAAGGAGAAGUAUGGUCUGGGUACCAGACUACAGCGACAGAGGCCUGGAGCUCCUAUCGCCAGUCUGGCCGGUCUUUCGUGAGUAUUACAUGACAUUCCAAGAACGUUAUUGUCCGUAAAGUACGAGUAUCACAUCCUCUCGUGUAAUACUGUACUGUACCAUUCCUUUACUGUACAUUUACAUAACAAAUCAUGUUGUUCAUGUUAGCACAUCACAAAUAGCCUAUACAAGGGCUGAGUCCCAAAUGGCACCCAAUUCCCUAUGUAGUGCACUACUUUUGUAUAGGCUAUUUGGUCAAAAGUAGUGCACUGAAUAGGGUGCAGUUUGGGAAUAAAGCCAUGGAGAUGUGUUAGAGUUCAUAAAUACAACUGUCCCUGUCUCCUAUAAUGACCUUCACUGUGUCUGUCCCUGUCUCCUAUAAUGACCUUCACUGUGUCUGUCCCUGUCUCCUAUAAUGGCUUUAAAUGUGUCUGUCCCUGUCUCCUAUAAUGGCUUUAAAUGUGUCUGUCCCUGUCUCCUAUAAUGACCUUCACUGUGUCUGUCCCUGUCUCCUAUAAUGACUUUCACCGUGUCUGUCCCUGUCUCCUAUAAUGACCUUCACUGUGUCUGUCCCUGUCUCCUAUAAUGACCUUCACUGUGUCUGUCCCUGUCUCCUAUAAUGACCUUCACUGUGUCUGUCCCUGUCUCCUAUAAUGACCUUCACUGUGUCUGUCCCUGUCUCCUAUAAUGACCUUCACUGUGUCUGUCCCUGUCUCCUAUAAUGACCUUCACUGUGUCUGUCCCUGUCUCCUAUAAUGACCUUCACUGUGUCUGUCCCUGUCUCCUAUAAUGACUUUCACCGUGUCUGUCCCUGUCUCCUAUAAUGACCUUCACUGUGUCUGUCCCUGUCUCCUAUAAUGACUUUCACUGUGUCUGUCCCUGUCUCCUAUAAUGACUUUCACCGUGUCUGUCCCUGUCUCCUAUAAUGACCUUCACUGUGUCUGUCCCUGUCUCCUAUACUGACCUUCACCGUGUCUGUCCCUGUCUCCUAUAAUGACCUUCACUGUGUCUGUCCCUGUCUCCUAUAAUGACCUUCACCGUGUCUGUCCCUGUCUCCUAUAAUGACCUUCACCGUGUCUGUCCCUGUCUCCUAUAAUGACCUUCACCGUGUCUGUCACUGUCUCCUAUAAUGACCUUCACUGUGUCUGUCCCUGUUCCAGUCUGAAGGAAGGUGAAGACCAGAAGGAGAUGAAGAUAGAGCCAGCCCAAGCCUUAGACGAGGUGGAGCCACUGCCUGAAGACUGCUACACCAGACCUAUCAACCUACCAGAGGGUAAGAGAUAACCACCCCUAAGCCUAAACCUAAACCUAAACCCUGUCCUUGAACACUAUAGAGGGUAACAAUGGUCACUACUUUACAAACUAGAAUCCUUAAUUGAAACCAUAAAAAAAGCGUUUCGCUAAAAAGCUGAGGGAUUGGGGCUGGAGAAAUGCAACCACUCUCAAAUUAAUAGACAUAGCUAUGGGAUGCCAGUACUGACCAUCCAUGUUAUCAAGAUUAUAGUUUGAACCAUGUUUUGAGGCUAUACAGUGUCUGUUUACAUUUUAUAUAGUUGAAAAACAUUGGAGUAAAACAAGCUUAUAUUUUGGUUUCUGAUAGGGUUAACUCCCUGUGUUGCCUGGUUGACCAUGUUGUGUUAACCUCCCUGUGUUGCCUGGUUGACCAUGUUGUGUUAACCUCCCUGUGUUGCCUGGUUGACCAUGUUGUGUUAACCUCCCUGUGUUGCCUGGUUGACCAUGUUGUGUUAACCUCCCUGUGUGGCCUGGUUGACCAUGUUUUAACCUCCCCUGUGUGCCUGGUUGACCAUGUUGUGUAACCUCCUGUGUUGCCUGGUUGACCAUGUUGUGUUAACCUCCCUGUGUGGCCUGGUUGACCAUGUUGUGUUAACCUCCCUGUGUUGCCUGGUUGACCAUGUUGUGUUAACCUCCCCGGUGUUGCCUAGGUUGACCAUGUUGUGUUAACCUCCCUGUGUGGCCCUGGUUGACCAUGUUGUGUUAACCUCCCUGUGUUGCCUGGUUGACCAUGUUGUGUUAACCUCCCUGUGUGGCCUGGUUGACCAUGUUGUGUUAACCUCCCUGUGUGGCCUGGUUGACCAUGUUGUGUUAACCUCCCUGUGUUGUCUAGUUGACCAUGUUGUGUUAACCUCCCUGUGUUUGUCCUAGUUGACCAUGUUGUGUUAACCUCCCUGUGUGGCCUGGUUGACCAUGUUGUGUUAACCUCCCUGUGUUGCCUGGUUGACCAUGUUGUGUUAACCUCCCUGUGUUGUCUGGUUGACCAUGUUGUGUUAACCUCCCUGUGUUGCCUGGUUGACCAUGUUGUGUUAACCUCCCUGUGUUGCCUGGUUGACCAUGUUGUGUUAACCUCCCUGUGUGGCCUGGUUGACCAUGUUGUGUUAACCUCCCUGUGUUGCCUGGUUGACCAUGUUGUGUUAACCUCCCUGUGUUGCCUGGUUGACCAUGUUGUGUUAACCUCCCUGUGUGGCCUGGUUGACCAUGUUGUGUUAACCUCCCUGUGUUGCCUGGUUGACCAUGUUGUGUUAACCUCCCUGUGUGGCCUGGUUGACCAUGUUGUGUUAACCUCCCUGUGUUGUCUAGUUGACCAUGUUGUGUUAACCUCCCUGUGUUGUCUAGUUGACCAUGUUGUGUUAACCUCCCUGUGUGGCCUGGUUGACCAUGUUGUGUUAACCUCCCUGUGUGGCCUGGUUGACCAUGUUGUGUUAACCUCCCUGUGUUGCCUGGUUGACCAUGUUGUGUUAACCUCCCUGUUUUGCCUGGUUGACCAUGUUGUGUUAACCUCAUGGUCUGUGUUGUGUUAACCUCAUGGUCUGUGUUGUGUUAACCUCAUGGUCUGUGGUGUUGUUAACCUCAUGGUCUGUGUUGUGUUAACCUCAGUGGUCUGUGUUGUGUUAACCUCAUGGUCUGUGUUGUGUGUUAAACCUCGGGUCGGUGUUGUGUUAAACCCAGGGUCUGGCUGAUGUGUGUUAACCUCAUGGUCUGUGUUGUGUUAACUCAUGGUCUGUGUUGUGGUGUUAACCUCAUGGUCUGUGUUGUGUGUUAACCUCAUGGUCUGUGUUGUGUGUUAACCUCAUGGUCUGUGUUGUGUGUUAACCUCAUGGUCUGUGUUAACCUCAUGGUCUGUGUUGUGUGUUAACCUCAUGGUCUGUGUGUGUGUUAACUCAUGGUCUGUGUGUGUGUUAACCUCUGGUCUGUGCUGUGUGUGUUAACCUCGUGGUCUGUGUUGUGUGUUAACCUCGUGGUCUGUGUUGUGUGUUAACCUCGUGGUCUGUGUUGUGUGUUAACCUCAGGGUCUGUGUUGUGUGUUAACCUCAGGGUCUGUGUUGUGUGUUAACCUCAGGGUCUGUGCUGUGUGUUAACCUCAGGGUCUGUGCUGUGUGUUAACCUCAUGGUCUGUGCUGUGUGUUAACCUCAUGGUCUGUGCUGUGUGUUAACCUCAGGGUCUGUGUUGUGUGUUAACCUCAGGGUCUGUGUUGUGUGUUAACCUCAGGGUCUGUGCUGUGUGUUAACCUCAUGGUCUGUGUUGUGUUAACCUCAUGGUCUGUGUUGUGUGUUAUAGUGACCACCUUGCGUCAGCGGCUGCUGCAGCCUGACAGCCAGCCUGCCGGAGCCUCUCAGCUCCACCCCAAACACAAACACCUGCUGAUCAAGCGCUCUCUGCGAUGCAGGGUCUGUACAUGGCACAGUUCUUCACACUACCCUUCUCAGAAAGGGCAUUUUACUACUAUUUUAUUGUUAUCUUUUGCUGGCAAUUUAUCUUUGAUUACUCAUGGUAGAAAUGUUGCUUUUCUUCUUAGAAAUGUGAGCACAAUCUGAGCAAGCCAGAAUUUAACCCAACCUCAAUAAAGUUCAAAAUCCAGCUGGUGGCUGUGUAAGUAUUGCUUAGAAUCUCCUCUGUACCGGACAAAUUCACCUUGUUUUCUGCUCUGAUUGUUGGUAUUGUUGUAUUAUUUCUCAGUAAAGUGAUGUAAUUUUCAAUCCUAAAGGAGUUACAUCCCUGAAGUCAGAAUCAUGUCCAUUCCAAACCUGCGCCUCCAAAAGGCAAGUCAAUUAUUCAAGUAUCGGAACAGGCCCCAAAACAUGUUUGAAGACAUCCUGUGUCACAUGUUGUCUGUAGGGGAACAGAAUGACUUACAGUAUGAGUGGUAUCAUGUUGUAUGUAGAGGAACAGAAUGACUUACAGUAUGAGUGGUAUCAUGUUGUCUAUAGGGGAACAGAAUGACUUACAGUAUGA